AGAACCUUCCUGCAAAAACACCCUCCCCACUCCCACCCUCACUCUCAUUUUCAAUCUCUCUAAUCCUUUUCCUCUAAUAUGUAAUCAAACCUUCACUCUUUUGUACAUGCUAAUUUUAACCUAUAAAUAACACACACAAACACACACUUGUCCAAACCUAUCACCCCUCCCCUGUUUCUCCCAUGGCUGCCUCUGUUUUCAUCUCCCUCCUCACACUCUUUCUCGCCCACAACGCCUAUCUCUCUUCCUCAAAGCCUCUCCUCCUCCCUCUCUCCCACUCUCUCUCCCACUCCUCCUUCACCUCCACUCCCCACCUCCUCAAAUCCACCACCUCCCACUCCUCCACCCGCUUCCGCAACCACAAACAACGCCACCACCACGUCUCUCUCCCCCUCUCCCCCGGCACAGACUACACUCUCUCCUUCUCUCUCUCCUCCCAAACUAUCUCUCUCUACAUGGACACCGGCAGCGACGUCGUUUGGCUCCCCUGCUCCCCCUUCUCCUGCAUGUUAUGCGAAGGCAAGUCCCCUUCAACCAUCUCCAACCUUAAACCUCUUAAUAUCUCCGCCGCCAAAAAGGUCCCGUGCAAGGCACGUGCAUGCUCUUCCGUACACUCUCGUAUUCAAUCCUCGGACUUAUGUGCCAUGGCUCGCUGUCCGCUCGAAGACAUCGAAGUCUCGGACUGCGCGAAAUUUUCGUGUCCGCCGUUUUAUUACGCCUACGGCGACGGAAGUUUCGUCGCGGAAUUAUACCGCGACACUUUGGAAAUACCGAUGUCGAAUCCGUCGCUUAAUCUUCACAACUUCACUUUCGGCUGCGCUCACGACGCGCUCGGCGAGCCGAUCGGGGUAGCCGGCUUCGGCCGUGGGGCCCUUUCCUUGCCAGCUCAGCUUGCCACGUCAAAUCCUCAUCUCGGUAACCAAUUUUCGUAUUGCCUAAUUUCGCACUCGUUCGACUCGGCUCGAGUUCGUAAACCUAGUCCCCUUAUUCUCGGGCGCUACGUGCCCGAGAAUAAAAAUAAACGUGUCGAAAGUCAAAACGACAUUAUCGAUUUUAUCUACACUCCGUUACUAGAAAAUCCGACACAUCCGUAUUUUUAUUUGGUCGGGUUAGAGGCGGUAACAGUCGGUAAAAAAAGAUUAACCGCGCCGUUAAGUUUAACCGCGGUAGAUAAAAAAGGGAACGGUGGAAUGGUGGUUGAUUCGGGGACUACAUACACAAUGUUACCAGCCGAAAUGUACAAGCCACUAGUCACUGAGUUCAGCCGCCGGGUUGAAACGUUUUACAAACGAGCUAGCCACGUGGAGGACCGAACCGGACUGAGUCCAUGUUACUACGUCGACUCGGUUAAAAAUGUGCCGCAACUUAUUUUUCAUUUUGUGGGUAACUCUAGUGUCGUAAUGCCUCGAAAAAAUUAUUUUUACGAAUUUUUGGACGGUGGAGAUGAUGGGAAAAAUAAGAGGAAGGUGGGGUGUGUUAUGUUGAUGAACGGUGGAGAUUUUCCGGAAUCGGAUGGGCCCAGUGGGUUGCUAGGGAAUUAUCAACAGCAAGGGUUUGAAGUAAUGUAUGAUUUGGAGAAUAAAAGAGUUGGAUUCGCGGAAAGAAAAUGCGCAGCUUUGUGGGAUACUUUGGGUUAAUUUUAAUGUGCGCAGUUGGUUUAAGUUAAGGACCGGAGAUGAGGCAUUCGUGCGGGUGGUUUUUGACUUUUACGUGGAGGGUUGACCGGGUUUUGAAAUAUGUCGGGUCGGGUGGGUACAAAGUGGUUGUGGUUUGCUAUUAGUGCCAGGAUGUAAUUAAGAAUGUGAAUAGUUCUGAAUUCAAUUUGCAUUAGCUUUUAGCUAGGUUUCUUUGAUAGCAGUAGUAGCUGUGUAAUAAAAAAAUUUAAUGAAAAUAUGAAGAUAAUAUUAUUUCAGAA